CUUCGUACUCAUAUCUGAUCCCACUCAUACCAUCUCGAUCCGUGGUCCGCUGCAGCACUGGAAAUCAUACGAUUCGUACAGGCUUCGUAUUUCCCCAUUUUCGACUGGAACGCCGUGUGCGCAACUGGGCGCACACAAAACAUGGCAUCAGAUCCAUUUGAUGACUUGCUCGAACUAGAAAAUGAGUACUACAAAGAGGGAUAUGAUGCCGGUGUAGCUGACAGCACCUAUGCUGGUAUGAUCGAAGGUAAGGUCUUCGGCGUGGAAAAGGGAUAUGAAAAGGCAGCAGGACUUGGAAGACUGCACGGGCGAGCACUCGUCUGGCAGACCAGACUCUCGCAGUCAGCCCAUGACAAAUCAAGGGAGUCUGAUGUGCAAAGUUCGUCUACAGGGCCUACUACUGGCGAGUCAGAGAGGUUGGCCAGCAUUGUCCGGAUUCUUGGUGGUCUUCCCAGCAACACACGCCUGGGAAGGCACAUUGAUGCUCUUUCCUCCGUCACAGCCGGCGCAUCAAUAAGCAAGGACAAUUCGGAUGAGUCAGUGAGUGAAUUCGACGAUCGGAUUACGAGAGCCAGUGCCAAAGCCAAAGUCGUCUCAAACAUUGUCGGCGAAGCACUGAAUCCUGUUUCGAUGACAAAUUCUGGAAUAGAAGACGCUACGGGGCUCGAAGCAAGACAUUGAUCGUGAUAUGAAAAUGUUCCUAGAAAAUUCCAUUUCGAGAUCAGCGAUGCAGAGCCUCGAGUAUGGUGGAUGGACGGAGUGUCGAACAGCAGUCAUGGACCCGUCGUUUGGAGUAGAACUCACUCGAUUCCUCCUCAACCACUACCGUCUUCAGCAUGCUGGCUCCGACACAAACAAUGCGCGGAGCACUGUUUCGAUCAUCCCAGGGUUCAGCUCUGGCCGUCGAUUACAACCCGCCAAGUUGAGUCCAUGG